UAUUUCAUAGAACUAGUUUCAAGCAUAAUAAAAUUUUUCUUUUUUUUUAAUUAUUUUAAAAAUUAAUUAUAUUUGAAAUUUCUCAAUUUAGAAAGAUGGAAAUACAAGACCCGCGCUGGAAAAAUAAGAUUAGCAUUUUGGUUUCCCUGACAACGAAAGUAGAGUGGGGAAAACUCGUUUUGCUCGCAAAUAAAAUUUAGACAACACUUAUCAAAAAAAGUGAUAAUAUUCAUAUUCACGUGUCACUUUUUUAUCAUAUUUAUAGUUUGCACAAAUGAUCAAAUAGUUAAUAUCUUAAUAUUAUUUACAUCUUGUAGUUAAAUAUUUUUAAAAUAAUGGAACUUAAAUGUAAAGUACAAACAUAUGAUUGGGGAAAAUAUGGUAUUGAUAGUACUGUAGCAACAUUAAUGAAAUCUGCUAAUUCAGAUUUUAUAUUGGAUGAAAAAAAACCAUAUGCUGAGCUAUGGAUGGGUACACAUCCUAAUGGUCCUUCAUAUAUAAAAGAUUUAAAUAUAUCUUUAGAAAAAUAUAUAAAACAAAACAGUCAUGUAUUAGGAAAUGAUGUUCAAAAAAUAUUUGGUCAUCAGUUACCAUUUCUUUUUAAAGUCUUAUCUGUGAAUAAAGCAUUAUCAAUUCAAGCACAUCCAAAUAAGGAAAAAGCAAAGGAAUUGCAUCAACAAUAUCCUACUAUUUACAAAGAUGCAAAUCAUAAACCUGAAAUUGCAAUAGCAUUAACACCUUUUGAAGCUCUUUGUGGUUUUCGUCCAAUUAGAGAGAUACAAGAGUUUCUAAAAAUUCUUCCAGAAUUACGUGCUGUAAUAGGAGUAGAUAAAGUACUUAAAUUUAUGACAACAGAUGAAGCAGACAAUACCAAAGCUUUGAAAACAUGUUUUCAUAGUCUAAUGACUUGUGAUCCUGGAUUAAUAGCAUUACAACUCAGAAAACUACUUGACAGAUUAUCUAAUUUGGAUGAGUCAUUAAGGCAAACUUUACAUGCUAGUUUAGUAGAAAGACUAUAUUCAGAUUUCCCAGGAGAUGUAGGAUGUUUUGGUAUUUAUUUUUUUAAUUUCAUAAUGAUGCAGCCUGGAGAGGCUAUAUAUCUUGGACCAAAUGUACCACAUGCAUAUCUUUCUGGUGAUUGUAUAGAAUGCAUGGCAUGCUCUGAUAAUGUAGUACGUGCAGGAUUGACUUCUAAAUUAAAAGAUGUACCAACAUUAAUUGAAAUGUUAAGUUACAUUUGUGAACCAAUUUCUGCAAAAAGAUUUCAACCUUCUCGUGAAGAUGAAUGUACAGAAGUAUUUCGUCCUCCUGUAAAAGAUUUUGCUGUUGCUAAAAUUACAAUUCCUCCUGGAAGAGCUUCAUAUAAUAUCAUUCCCAGAAAUACAGCUAGCAUUUUAAUUAUUAUAAAUGGAAAAGGUGAAAUAUCACCAUCAAAAAUUCUUUAUCGAGGUUCUGUUAUAUUUAUUCCAGCAAAUGAUAAAAUCGGAAUUAAAGUUUUAUGUGGAUGUCAUCCUAUGUUGAUGUUUCAAGCUUUUGUAAAUGUUUAA